GGAACCGAUGUUUCACAGAGACAUUUAUUGAAGAUGGACACAAGGUUUGGCUACUGAUAAACUCAGCCAAAAAUGACAGAGGAGCUUCUGGUCUUGGAGAAACUGCGAAAAGAGAAACUGCAAUGGAAAAAUGGGUUUGGAGGCUCAACACACAUACUAUACUGUAUUAGUUUUGCUCAACCCCAAAAACAUGGUGCGAUUUUCAAGAAGAAGCUGAUGGCCACAAAGAGGAGGAAACAGGUCCACUGUGACGCGCGUGGUUCUGCGUGUUUUACGCACCAACUUUGGAUCGCCGCGCAGGAGGGAAGAGGAGCAAGGAGACGAUGUGAUGUGACCCCCGCCCCCCACCCACCCGCGGAUGGAAAAGAAAAAGCCCACCAAAUGACCACCACCAGCGCACCGCCUGAGUCCCAGUGCGGGCUCAACGCCUGAGCAUGACUUUGUUUUGCGUGGCCGCGUGGAGCCGUGGACGCUCCAAGUCACCCAUGCCUUCAGUGGAAUAGUUCGGAAUUUAUUUAUUUAUUUUUCCUUCCCCCGAGAGAGCCGCGAUGAUGCGCGGCAGCCUGAGCGCACUGAUCCUUUGCUGCCUGGUUCUGUUGGUCCGAGGCGACCCGUGGAGGAGACUGGACUCGAGCAACUGUGAGCUCAACAAGAAACAAACUGACUUAAACUCCUUUUUGUGGACUAUCAAACGAGACCCUCCCUCGUAUUUCUACGGCACAAUCCACGUUCCCUACACUCGUGUGUGGGACUUCAUCCCUGAGAACUCCAAGCAGGCCUUCCAGGAGAGCAACAUCGUCUACUUUGAGCUAGACCUGACUGAUCCUUACACUAUCUCUGCCCUGACCAGCUGCCAGCUGCUUCCUCAGGGCGAGAACCUGCAGGACGUUCUACCCAGGGACAUCUAUCGCAGACUGAAGAGGCACCUGGAGUAUGUAAAACUCAUGAUGCCUUCCUGGAUGACGCCAGAUCAGAGAGGGAAGGGACUCUAUGCGGACUACCUCUUCAACGCCAUCGCUGGGAACUGGGAAAGGAAGCGGCCUGUCUGGGUCAUGUUGAUGGUUAACUCGCUGACUGAGGCGGACAUAAAGACUCGUGGGGUGCCGGUUCUGGACCUGUACCUGGCUCAGGAGGCGGAGAGGAUGAAGAAGAGAACGGGAGCUGUCGAGAAAGUGGAGGAACAGUGUCAUCCCCUUAACGGUCUCAAUUUCUCCCAGGUGAUCUUUGCUCUCAACCAGACUUUACUACAGCAGGAGUCUUUAAGAGCUGGUAGCCUUCAGGUCCCGUACACAACGGAAGACCUCAUCAGGCACUACAAUUGCGGAGACCUCAACUCCAUCAUCUUCAACCAUGACACCUCACAGGUUCCAAACUUCAAUAAUGUAACACUGCCGCCCAGCGAGCAGGUGACUGCCCAGGAAAUAGACCGUUACUUCAGACAGGAACUCAUCUACAAGAGGAAUGAGCGAAUGGGGAAAAGGGUGAAAGCCCUGCUAGAAGAGCAUACAGACAAGAGCUUCUUCUUUGCCUUUGGAGCAGGUCACUUCCUGGGUAACAAUACAGUAAUUGAUGUGCUUCGUCGCCAAGGAUACGACGUAAAGCACACCCCUGCCGGGCAGCCCAUAAACAGGAGAUUAUCAUCCAGAUCAGAUUUGAGUGAGCCAGAGGACCAUAAUGACGAGUCCCCUCUCCUAGAGCCUUUCCUCCACGAACUCCCAGAGAGGGACGACGAUCAGGGGCGUUCCCUGGAGGACGAGCGGUUCACCCACAUGUUUCUGCCUUCGGACAGCCUGGAACUGCUGGAGAAAGCGGAGAAGAAGAUGCUGAAGAAAAAACGGAGAAACAAGCAGAAGAAACAGCGGCACAGGCAUUUCAAUGAUCUCUGGGUGCGCAUAGAAGAGAGCGCCGUGGCCCAGUCUCCGCCACCCCCUCGCGUCGUCAACGGUUACAUCACAGUGAAGCCUCCCAGUCGAGACUUCAACCACGACAACUAUUAUAACGUGCCCUCGCCCUCGUCGCUCUGUUCGUACUCACCGAUCCUCCUGUGUGCCUCACUGAUUCAUCAGAUGUGUACUAUAUUUCUCUAGCAUAGUAUUUGUUGCGAUCGACGACAAUAAAGAGAAUCUUAUGGACUCCUUUGGAGAAGGUGUGGAGGUGAUGAAAUCAGACUGUUGGGUUAAUAGUACCAACCAUGGAUAUAAAACAGACGUAUUUGGGACAAUGUGGUCCAGCAAUGCCGGUGGAGUAUCUGUUUUACAAAAUGAGGCCUUGAAUAGAAUGUAAGGGCACUAUCACAGUACGUGUUUUAAAUAUUAAUAGAGUUUCUGCUGUUGAAAAAAAACAGGUGGAACAUAAAAAUGCUGCACACGUCAGUUCUUUUAUUUGUGAGUCUUAUAGCACAAACAGGGAAAUCUCAUUUACAUACAGUGGCUGAUGUAAGUAUUUAACACGUCACCAUUUUUCUCACUAAAUACAUUUUAUAAAGGUGCUAUUGACAGGAAAAUUUCACCAGACGUUGUGAACAACCCAAGUAAUCCAUACAUACAAAGUAGAACAAAUAAGCUCCGCAAUUAAGUUAUGUGUAAUAAUGUGAGGCGGCACGGUGGACGACUGGUUAGAGCGUCAGCGUCACAGUUCUGAGGACCCGGGUUCAAUCCCCGGUCCCGCCUGUGUGGAGUUUGCAUGUUCUCCCCGUGCCUGCGUGGGUUUUCUCCGGGUACUCCGGUUUCCUCCCACAUCCCAAAAACAUACAUUAAUUGUGAGAGACUAAAUUGCCCGUAGGUGUGAAUGUGAGUGCGAAUGGUUGUUUGUUUGUAUGUGCCCUGCGAUUGGCUGGCAACCAGUUCAGGGUCUACCCCGCCUCCUGCCCUGCCCGAUGACAGCUGGGAUAGGCUCCAGCACGCCCGAGACCCUAGGGAGGAGAAGCGGCUCAGAAAAUGGAUGGAUGGAUAAUAAUGUGAAAUGACACAAGGGAAAAGUAUUGAACGCACCGACUGGUAUUUAUUCAAUACUUUGUACAAAAGCCUUUGUUUCCAAUGACAGCGUCAAGAUGCCUCCUGUAUGGAAAAAAUAGUCGCAUGCAUUGCUCUGGUGUGAUUUUGGUCCAUUACUACACACAAGCAGUCUUCAAAUCUUGAAGAUUCCGUGGGCUUCUUUUCAGGACCUUGAGUUUCAGUUCUUUCCAUAGAUUUUCGAUUGGAUUCAAGUGAUUUGAAACCAAUUGAGUUUUCUUUGCAGUAUGUUUUGGAGCAUUAUUCUGAUGAAAUGUCCACCCUCGUUUCAUUUUCGUCAUCCUUGGAGAUGGCAGCAGAUUUUUGUCAAAAAUGUCUCGGUACAUUUGCCCAUUGAGGCUUCCUUUAGUAAUGUGAAGUUUACCAGUACCAUUUUCUGAGAAGCAGCCCCACACCAUCAUGUUCCCACCUCCGAACUUCACUAUUGGUAUGGUGUUUUUAGGGUGAUGUGCAGUGCCAUUUCUCCUCCAAACGUGGUGUGCAUUAUGGCAUCCAAACAGUUCAAUUGUGGCUCUCAUCAGACCAGACUAUAUUCUCCCAGUAUUUAACUGGCUUGUCCAAAUGUUGUUCAGCAAACUUUAAACGAGCUUUGACGUGUCUUGCGUGAUAGGCGUGCAUACAGGCCGUGGCGACUCACUGUUUUCCUGGUAAGAACAGUACCUGCUAAUUCCAUUUCUUUUUGAAGAUUCGACAGGUGGUCCUUGGCUCUUGGACAACUCUUCUGGUUAUUCUUUGCACUCCUCUGUCAGAAAGAGCACCUGAUCGAGGCAAAUUUAUGGUGGUAUGAUUGGCUUUCCACUUUCAUAUUAUGGCCCCAACCAUGCUCACUGGAACUUUCAGAAGCUUAGAUAUGAGCCUGUAAUCAAUGACGCCGUUAUGUUUUGCAACAAUAAGUUUGCAAUGGGCUUGAGAGAGCUCUCUGCUCUUACCCAUCAUGAGAUGUGUCUUGACUCACACCUUUGCAAUGAGACCUUUUUGUAGGCCAUCAAUUAGGACUGAACCACCUGAUGUUCACUUGCACUGACAAGGGUCUGGAUCGCUCUUUGAUUAUUGAUCGAUUUUAGGUGUUGUCUUGGCUUUCCAUGCCUUUUUGCACCUCUCUUUCUUCAUGUGUUCAAUACUUUUUCCCUGUGUCAUUUCUCAUUGUUACACAUAACUUAAUUUCUGAUCUUAUUUGUUCAACUUUCUUAUGUAUGGAUUACUUGGGUUGUUCCCAACAUCUGGUGAAAUUUUCACGUCAAUAGGACCUUUGGAAAUAUAUUUAGUGAGAAAAAUGGUGACGUGUCAAAUACUUAUUUCAGCCGCUGUAGCUUAACCAUUAACACCGUCACCAUGAGUGCGUCUGUUUAAGCGUGUAUGUUCGUGUGCAUGUGUGCAUGUUUCGUAUCGAUCAGCUCUUAAGUCCCCUGGCCAUGUUGAAAGUGGUGUUUCCAGAUUUUAAUUUAUUCUUCCAUAUUAGAAGAAUCUGAAUUUGUGCUUAAUAUGUUACAUAAUAGCCUAUGUCAGGGGAAAUAUGUAAAUAUUGUCUAAAUAUUAUAGAUGUAUUUUAGAAUUAUUACAAAAAGGAAUAUUAUCACACGUUGUUUAUAUGAAUAUAUAAAUAGAUAUGCAGUAUAUUUUUGGACAGAAUCAGGAACUAACCACCAUAAGUCUAUCAUGUGUCUCACUGUAAAGCAAUUUUUUUGGAGCAGAAAGGACAGCUAUUCAACUUUGUGUAUCAGUGUUAAUCACUUGCUUGCCUGUAUGUGUCCAAUGGAAGGACAUUUUACUGUGUUGUCUUUUUUUGUCAAUGUUUUUGUUUAAUUUAUUUAACUACCUUAGUUUCGCUUUUAAGUUGAAUGACACAUUCACAGUGUUUUUUGGUACUGUAUUUGGUCUCAUUGAUACAUUUUCCCAUCCUGUCAUUAAUGCUAUGCUAAGUGAAAAGCAUGGAUCUUAAAAUUUCUUCUUGUUUGGGAAAUGAUAAAUGACCUCCACCAAGUGAGAAAGCUUGAAGGCGAGAGCUUUUCACCCCUAUCGCUGGUUAGUUUAGGAUCUCUCUCUCUCUCUCUCUCUCUCUCGCUCUCUCUCGCUCUCUGU